AGCUGGGAACAGAGUGGUGACCUAGCUGAGGAACAGAUUGGUGACCUAGCUGAGGAACAGAGUGGUGACCUAGCUGAGGAACAGAGUGGUGACCUAGCUGAGGAACAGAGUGGUGACCUAGCUGAGGAUCAGAGUGGUGACCUAGCUGAGGAACAGAGUGGUGACUUGGCUGAGGAACAGAGUGGUGACCUAGCUGAGGAACAGAGUGGUGACCUAGCUGAGGAUCAGAGUGGUGACCUAGCAAAGGAACAGAUUGGUGAUUCAGCUGGGGAACAGAUUGGGGACUUAGCUGAGGAACAGAGUGGUGACCUAGGUGAGGAACAGAGUGGUGAAUCAGCGGAGGAACAGAGUGGCGACGUAGAUGGUGAACACAGUAUUGUAACUAAAAGAGACAAGGAUGACCUCCUGGAAGAGCCAAGUGGAGGAAUAAGUCGAGAAGAAGAACACAGAGGUGACGUAACUGCAACAGAGGAGACAACUGCUUGUAAACAACUAAGUAUCGUCGGUGCUGAAGGUGCUGACGUGACCAACAACGACAUGUGUGAAGUCAGUAACCGAGACUCCGGCACGAGCUGUCUGAGUGAGGUGGACGAUGUGAGCGACGAUGACACCCUGGUGGGGCUCAACAGUGACGGCGACGGAGUGGUCCUGAGUGGCACGGAGGAGGGCGGCAGUAGCAGAGGUAGCGGUGAGGGGUUCCUAAGGGCCCACAGGAGGGAUGACAGUGGUAUCGAAUUGGGCUCCUAUUCUCAGGAGCAUGAAAGCUGUCGUCACCAGCCGGAUGACCGCCAUCAGUCUGAGGAAUUAGAUAAUAGUAAACGAAGGAGAAGCAGCGAUGGCUACCCGAGUGAAGAAAAUGAAAAUGAGGUGAUGAGAAACAAUGAGAUUGAAUUUCCGCGUGAUGAGGCCGAUAAUAUUAGUGUGCUAAGUGAGAUGAGUAACCCUCCUCCUGAAUGGGUUCAUGUGAGAGAGGGGGAGGAGGGUGGUGAACCCGGUGGUAGGAUAUUUAGGAGGAGCCGCAACCACCAGUUUAGGAUCGGCAGGAGGUUCACAAGUCAGAAGAUGCUGAAGAAGAUGAAGAAAGCAGUCCAUUUUGGCAAGAAGGGUGAAGACGACGAGAGGGACGUGGAGGUCCACCACACCAAGCUUCUGCAGGAAAGGUAAGACAGUGUUGUUACC